AACCUCAAUAAUGAAUUUAGCCCCACAAACCUCAAUAAUGAAUCUAGCCCCACAAACCUCAAUAAUGAAUCUAGCCCCACAAACCUCAAUAAUGAAUCCAGCCCCACAAACCCCAAUAAUGAAUCUAGCCCCACAAACCUCAAUAAUGAAUCCAGCCCCACAAACCCCAAUAAUGAAUCUAGCCCCACAAACCUCAAUAAUGAAUUUAGCCCCACAAACCUCAAUAAUGAAUCUAGCCCCACAAACCUCAAUAAUGAAUCUAGCCCCACAAACCUCAAUAAUGAAUCUAGCCCCACAAACCUCAAUAAUGAAUCUAGCCCCACAAACCCCAAUAAUGAAUCCAGCCCCACAAACCCCAAUAAUGAAUCUAGCCCCACAAACCUCAAUAAUGAAUCUAGCCCCACAAACCCCAAUAAUGAAUCUAGCCCCACAAACCCCAAUAAUGAAUCUAGCCCCACAAACCCCAAAAAUGAAUCUAGCCCCACAAACCUCAAUAAUGAAUCUAGCCCCACAAACCUCAAUAAUGAAUCUAGCCCCACAAACCUCAAUAAUGAAUCUAGCCCCACAAACCCCAAUAAUGAAUCUAGCCCCACAAACCCCAAUAAUGAAUCUAGCCCCA